ACUUGCUUGAACAACCCGUGCGGCUAUCAGAGUAGACAGGUAUUUUGUAGUCUACCAAAUGGAGGAUGUGAUCCGAGCGAAAAACCACUUUCUCGUAGAAAAUGUAGCAACAAAACGUGUGGGGUUUGGAUCACAGGAAAGUGGUCUCAGUGUUCUGUCACCUGUGGAGAAGGAAUUCAGUUCCGUAAAGUGAAAUGUAGAGGAGGGGUUUGUUCUCAAAGUGUGAAACCUCCUUCCUCAAAAAAAUGCUUCUGGUAUGCUUGUAAUCUGUGGGCAGUUAACAAAGUCGAUACAUCAACUGAUCACCCAGAUAAUGACCAAAGUUACACAGAGCCAAAUUCAAUUCUGGAAGAUAACAAAAUACAUAAACAUAGGCAUCAUCACGGUAACAAUGUGUUCAAGAAAAGCCGUCGUUUGAAAAAUAACUUCGGUCGGAUGAAUGAAGGUGAUUGGGUAACAUCAAGCAGCUUGCAACGCGUUGUGAAAGACUCAAAUAAGUUUGAAUAUCCAGAACCUGGAACAUCUGCAGAACCUUCUCCUAAUCAUGUUGUAUUUCAAACAGAAACCCCUCCAGACAUGACACCUGAAUCAAAAACUGAUCAUUGGAGGACAGGAGACUGGUCCCAG